ACUCUUAACUCACUUGUCCGAUCAGAUCAAUGGAUUAAACCAGAUUGACAAGCUUGCUAAAGAGAGAUCGAGCCUAUCUAACCUAUGGAGGGGGUGUUCUACGGGUCAGUCAUUUGGUGGAUGAUGCUACUGCUUGGACAUCAGAAACGGACGGGUGGCUAGAUUCUGGAGUGACCGGUGGCUGGACGACUCGACUAUUCUCCGGGAACAUGCCCCUAAUCUCCCCCCGGAGAUGGAGACUAUGCUUGUGGCGGAAUUCGUUCUAAAUGGUGAGUGGAAUGAGGUUUAUCUACGUGCUUACUUGUCGGAGGAAUUUAUUUCGCAGGUACGGCUCCACCCGGUGCCAACUGAGACCGAGCCUGACAUCCGAGUGUGGCGCCUCUCACCAAAUGUAGUCUUCUCCCUUCGGACAACGUAUGAGGUCACGGACAUGGUGGACGGCCUAAUUUUGAACCACUCGAUUUGGAGAUCCAUCUGGAAAACUCCGACGAUGCAGCGGGUGCGCAUAUUUCUUUGGCUCCUCAACCAUGAUCGCCUGCUGACAAACGAGGAGAGAGGACGGAGACAUCUGAUUGAGGAUACAAGUUGCAAGAUCUGCGACGGGGGCCCUAAGACUACUAUCCAUGUCGUUCGGGACUGUCCAUUUGCGAGAGCUACGCGAGCGGGACUUCUUGAAGACGAGCCAGACACCACCUUUUUCGAGCCUCACAUUCACCGGUGGUCUCUGCAUUUCUUAUCAGGGCGCAGUAAUAUCGUUGAUAGCACUAUUUUUGCAAGCACUUGCUGGCUUCUGUGGAAGAACCGGAAUGACCUCUUCCAGAGCGAGCUGAAAACCCAUGAGCAAAUCCAGUUCAUCACCAAACAACUAAGGCAACAGAUACACACAGCCUUCGAACAGGAGAGUACCAUAUUUGUAGCUGGGGGGGGGGGGACUCCGAGAGUGGCGGGACAUUAACUGGCAUCCACCGCCGAGAGGCUGAGCCUGAAUCAACACAUAUGGCUCAGUCAGUCACUCUCCUGCGAGCACGACUGGUGGCGACAUCGUGAGGGGAGACGAUGUACGCUUUAUUAGAGCUUUCACAACGAACUUGGGAGGGGUUCGAUUACUCGUGCGUAGCUGGCUUGGAUUGCUUAUGGGCUGAGGCUGGCUCGGGAGGAGGGGUCAGGAAGGUUAUUCUGUAGACAGACUCCUACAUUGCGAAGACUCUGAUCGAGAAUGCUACACCACAACAUCCACACUACACCUAUGUUGCAGAGAUCCGCCGUUGGCUAGCUCGACCGUGUCUUGUAAGGAUAGAGCAUGUUUACAGAGAAGCGAACUUUGUGGCUGAUCACCUCGCUUUCAUUGGUCACUCUUUACCCAUCGGGGUUCACGGGAUUCAAAUCCCGAGUAGUUCUUUACGUUAUUGGCUGUAUUUUGACAUUGCAGGGAAUCAAACACUCCAUCUUUUUAGUCUAAAAAAACAUAUAAGCCAAU